ACAUAUAUAUUCCCCACUCAUUAAUUUUUUUUUUUAACAGAAGACGAGCAGCUUCAGCCAAAAGGAGAAGACAAGUAGCUUCGACCAAAACGAAACAGCAUCAGCAAUGGAGUUUUUCCAGAAAGCUAAAGCUAUUCGAAUGCGUAACAGCCACAACAAGUAUCUAUCAGCAGACGACGACGGAGAAACAGUGACUCAAAACAGAAACGGUUCAACCAAAAACGCUCAGUGGACCGUCGAACCGGUUCCCGAUUCAUACACUGUAAUCCGUCUUAAAAGCUGUUACGGUAAAUACCUAACCGCUUCAAACGAGCGGUUCUUGCUCGGAGGCACGGGGAAGAAGGUGGUUCAGUUAAAACCGAGUCGACCCGACUCGUCUGUUGAGUGGGAACCGGUGAGAGAAGGCUCCAAGAUCAAGCUCAAGACGAGAUACGGUAACUAUCUAAAAGCUAACGGUGGUCUUCCUCCGUGGAGAAACUCCGUCACGCACGAUAAUCUUCAUUUGUCGGCUACUCAUGAUUCCAUCUCGUGGGAUGUUGAUGUUGUUGAGUUCCUGAUCAAUCUUCAAGUGACGGCGGAGACAGAGCAGCCUCUGGAGCAUAGGAGGACAUCACAUUCGAGAACGUCCUCUCUUUCACUGAAAUGUGAUCAAAGUUCGGUUGUGUAUCCACCAAAAUCGGGUGGGAGAACGAUUUACUACCAUAUAGUUGAUGAUGAAGGACACGUGGGAGAUGAAUCAACCGUUGGAUAUGCUUGCACAUUUAAAGGGAACAGCGUGGCCGAGCUAACUCAGACGCUGCGAGAAGAAACGUGCUUGGUGGAUGCUGUGGUGUGCACUCGCAGUCCAUUAGAUGGCAAGCUGUUUCCCCUCUGUUUGCAACUUCCUCCUAACAGUGGAACAUUGCAUGUCGUUUUAGUACCUUUCUGUGCUAGCAUCUAGACGUGAAGUAGAAAAAGAAUCUACCAGGGUCAAAAUUUACAUAUGCAAAAUUACUCAACUAAUGAAGGUGGUCAGACCAUGAGAAUUUAAACAAUUAAUCAAAAUAUAUAACAAUUAUAUGCAUAUAUUAUAUCAAAUUCAAAAUUUCACAGGGGUCAAACUGACCCAUGUGAUCCUUCAUUGGCUCCGCCACUGAGUAUUAGUAUCCCAUAUUGUUGUAAAUGUAAUGUUUUCCUAGUAAGCAGUUGCAAUCGUUUUUAUUCUCAUUAUCUGCUUGAAGCUCUCUCACCAUAUUCAGUUAUGACAUUAGAAAUGAGUGAUUGGCUUCUUGUGUAGUGGAGCAUUAUGAUAUGAACCUUGUAGGAAGUCUAGAAGAUAAUCAGAGUUGGUAGCUGGUAUACAAGACUCGUGGUACUUGAGCAUUGCUUGCUCUUUAGUAAGAGUUGAUAUAACAAAUACAAAUAUUCACAAAUGAAGUCCAUAUGCGAGCAUCACUAACCUGAAAAAAUCAAAUAGCACAAUACUAAUGACCUUAGUCAGUAUUCACUAUGCAUCAGUCCACCUUAAAGUGGGUUGUCAAACCUAUCCCUUUGGAAACGUAUCCUUUUUUUUUGUCCAGUUGUAUAACGUUCUGUCUUCUUCAUCUGUAAGAAAAUAAAUUUGCAUGAUCUGUGUGUACUUUCGUUUGUUAUUUCCAAGAACCUCCUAAACUGAUAAAAAAUCAUUAAAAAUAUCUAAUCCGCGACAAAUAGUUUAGAAAAAAUCUCAAAGUGUAACCGAAUAAUUGAAAAUGAGAUUGCUCCGAUAAAUAACACUGUAUUAAAAUAUUAAUCUAGAAAUUAGGACUAAUCAAUCUAUCAAAAUUAUCCAAUCUAUAAAUAAGAACUCAAUAACC